UACACAACACGAGCAUUUGUUUCAAUUCCAAAUCAAAGAGGUCGAAGAAAAACAAGAGCAAAUUGGGAUCGAAGAAUUUGAAGAACACCACAAGCAAGAUGCAUGUUGUUGUGGUGCUCAACACGCAAUCCUACUGCAGAGGCCUAGAACCUCCUUCAUCUUCUCCUUCCGUCGUUUCCAACAAGGGAACAAGGACUUUGAGUUUCAGGAGGCUGCUGCUGCGUCCUUCUCUUGGGAUUCAUUUAUCGCGUAGCUUUGCUUUAAAGUGUGUUGUUACUCCGAACCCAGCUGUGGAAUUGCCAUUAACUGCUGAAAAUGUAGAAAGUGUAUUGGAUGAAAUUCGACCCUAUCUCAUUGCAGACGGUGGGAAUGUGGCUUUACAUCAAAUUGAUGGCAAUGUUGUGCGCUUGAAGCUACAGGGCGCAUGUGGUUCCUGUCCAAGUUCUGUUACCACCAUGAAAAUGGGCAUUGAGCGUCGGUUAAUGGAGAAGAUCCCUGAAAUUGUGGCAGUUGAACCAAUUGCUGAUGAAGAAACUGGUCUUGAGCUCAAUGAAGAUAAUAUAGAGAAGGUUCUUGAGGAAAUGAGACCCUACUUGGUUGGGGCUGCUGAUGGAACUCUUGAAUUGGUGGCCAUUGAUGAGCCAAUUGUGAAGGUCCGAAUCACAGGUCCUGCUGCUAGUGUCCUGACUGUGCGUGUAGCUGUUACACAAAAGUUGCGAGAAAAAAUACCUGCCAUAGCAGCAGUUCAGCUUUUAUGAUAGUUUAGUUCAAAACAAGAAUAGAACUAUCAUGGCAUUCUUGUCAUUUUUCAUGUACAACAACACUAAUGGAAAUAAUGUGUUGCAUGUGAUGUAUAGUAUAUGUGGCCGCAUGAUUUUUUUUUUAAUUCUUAAAUGCUCUUACAGGGGAAGAAGAUGUUAUGUUUCUCGGUAAUUUUAAAAGAACGUAUUAUUUUUGUA